AUGAUGACUGCCUUCGGCGCCCUGGCCGCCACCGCCGCCGCCGCCGCCGCCGCCGCCCCAGCCAUUACAGAGCGCGCCGCUGGGGACACGUUCCUCGUCAUCAAGGAAGCCUUGGUUGAGAGCACCAUCUAUUCCACCGAAUGGACUACAGUCGAGGCUUGCGCUCCAUCCGUCAGCGAUUGCCCAGAAAACAGCGUCACGCUUGUCACCUCCAUCGUCCACGCUUCGACCACUGUUUGCCCGGUCACGCAGACUGAGACCUCCACUGUCGGCGGACCAGUCACCACGUCGCUGCCCACCGUCAGCUCUGUGUACCCGUCCAGCUCUGAUGGGUAUGACCUGCCACCGCAUCCAUCAUCAGCUGCCAGUGCUUCGUCCACUCUCGACUCGCCUCAGACGGGCUCUGAAUCUCAUGCUGGCGGUGUUUCGUCCACACUCGGCUCGCCUGAGACAGGCUCUCAGUCCCAGGUCACUGUGACAUCGACCUCGCACGUCACUUCGACUCUCACCAUGCCACAUCCAACCUUCAGCUUCAGCUUCUCUCAGCAGACGACAUCUCUUCCCACGCCAUACACGAUGUCAAACGCCACAUAUCCUGGCUGGACUCAGAGCACCAUUGCAUCUGGCACUGGCACUGGCACUGGCGGCGGCAGCGGCAGCCCUUCGCAAAACACGACUGUUCCAACGACACCUGUACCAACUGAGUCCGUUGUCCCAUACCAAGGCGGGGCUACCAACGUCGGCGUCUCUGUCUCGAUUCUUGCCAUCGGCGUGGCGCUCUGCAUGCUUGUCUAA